AUGCUGAGCGUAAAUAUAUCUGUGGAGGUUCCACGAUGUCCAGAAACAACAUUUACUUACAAACUCGACCCCACCAGUCCUAUACAAAAGCUGGUGGAUGAACUUUGUGAAAAAGGGAAUGUGAAAGAUAGUGAUCAGUGCGCACUGUUUUUAGAAAAUGGCGUUAUCACGGACCAAACGAUAGGAAGUAUUAAAGAUGGAAAUAUAUUGAAACUGGACUAUGCCCCAGAAUUUUCCGCUCGACUUGCUUAUGACCAACUUUUAAAAGCCACUAAUGUGGAAGAGGUCAAAAGGAUAUUCUUUCAAAUGAGAGGGAAGACUACAAUACCAAGUUAUGUAGCCGAAUUUGCUCGACUUGGAGGGAUGGACGUGAUCUUAGAAAAGGUGACCAAGUGUGAAGGGAAUGUUCAAGCAUAUGGCUUAGUCCUCUUAAGAAACGUCAUGAGUUUUGACUCAGGGAUGCAGAAGUGUGUGAGCAACGAGAACAUGAUCAAUUUCCUAUUCUCAUUGGUUGAUGUGGGUGUUGUAGCAAACGCAUGCCGACAAGCCCUUGAUUUACUGUUUGUAGCAAUUCACUACGGUGGCUUCCAAAUGCUAUGGAAUGCGGUUAAAGAACGAGCAAGCAAAAGAAACGAAUUGCCUUUAGCGAAUGUUGUUAAUUUGAUGAAGUCUGAUGACAUCGAAACAGUUGGAAAUGCCAUCACUUUACUGAAUGGAAUACUGAAAGUAGCCCCACAAGACAAGAAAUAUGGCAUUCGUAUGAAAUUGAAAUACCAAAGCGUCCACCACAUUCUUGUCGAUUUAAAGAACAAGGCGUGCAAGAAUGAGUUAAAAGAACAAAUCAAUCAAUUAGAGAAAUACUUCUAUUCUGAUGAAAUCAUUAAAGGGAAGAAGUCACUAGCGAAUACCAUAGACAAAGAAAUGGAACGAAUGCGUAAAUUAAAAUUAGACAAUGAAGCUCAACAAAAGGAGUUAAACACUUUGAAUGAUCUUAUUAGAGACAUGAACAGUAAAUUGCCGACGUAUCGAAGUGAGUUUGAUGCCGUUAAAAACGACAUUGAUGCCAUUGAAAAAGAGAUCGAACCUCUAAAACAAAGUCUUUUAAGAAAAGAUAUCCUCAAAGCAAUGAACACAAUGUCUGAAGAUGAGCUACGCAAAGAGUGGGUGAAAUACAAAGUGCUGUUAGAUAGUGUCCAACAAGAGAAAGCAGAAUUAAAUAAGACAGUUGAAGAGAAACAAGCCACUGCUAUUAAGCAACCAAUGCUCACGCGUUCCCAACAAACUUUUAAUACUCCCCGCGACAAAGUCCGAACAACAAAAUUCCUUGAGACAAGAAAAACAAAACCAAAGACAACAGAAAAAGUCGAAUUGAGAAAGGCUGAAUUAGAACCCCAAGAAAAAGUCAUUCGAAUACCUUGGAGAAGACUUGUGAUCACACCAAACCCAAAGAAACCAACGAUUUGGGACGACAUGAAAAUCACUCAUGUCAGAGAAAAACAACUAAAGACCAUCUUCGUCUCAGAAGUCACCGUAACAAACUUCUCAUACAUCGUCGACGCUCAGAAACUCGUCGCUUUGUCCGUGUUGUACUCUAAACAACCGAGUGAGUCGAGAUUGUAUGAGGCAUUCACUUUAAUGUACUCAAAGGCCUUUGACCAAAAGACGUUCGACUUACUGAAGAAGGCACUUCCGACUGAGGCGGAGGCGUUCCAGCUGAUGUCAGCGCAAGCGUUGAACCCCCCGGAGACGCUAAUGAAACGAAUUGCGUUGAGUAAGAACAUCUUACAAAAGAUAGGAGUCUGGUCGCAAAUCAAAAGUGUCGAGAAGGCGGUGGACGAGAUACGUGAGAAGGUAUCUACAGUUGAGCAUGGUGUUCGAGUGUUGAAGAAGAGUAGUGCAUUGAAGGAAGUCUUUUCUGGUGUGUCGUUUUAUAAUGGGCAACUGCAGUUGUAUGAUUCCAAUGAAGGGUUUGAUAUGUCUUCUUUAUUGUUGUUUAAGAACAUGAAAGUACAGACGGGAGAAACUAUGCUCGACGUGUUAGUGAAGAACUGUAAAGAAAUUAAAGUGUUUUUGAAUGAACUCAGAGAUGUUAAAACAGCAGCUUUGACUGAUUUGGAGGGAGAAAUUAAAAAGGCUCGAUGUGUGGUGAGUGAAGUCGAAAGAAUGAAAGACGAAUUAAACCAAUUGAGUGAAGAAGAUAUGAACGUCGUCACCGCUGAGGUCGGAAGAGUCAAAAGUAAAGCUAUGGACGUCAUCCAAUAUGGCGAAGAUGUGUUGUCCAAUUUCUUUACAUUGAUAUCGUGGUGCUUCUUCUCUCAACAAAUACAAAACGUCGUUGACACUCGCCUAUUCUUCGGAAUACUCGCUUCAUUCCACGCUAAUUUGUUGAUGUCUAAAGCUAUCAACAGACUCAACGCUUAUGACCAAAUGAAAAGAAUGAGAAUUAAUAAGGUCGGCGGAUCAGAUAAAGAUACAGAUCUUAUGCUCGACAUCAUCGAAAAGAUUAGAUCGGGUGAAAUUGGUCGACAAUUCCUCAAAAAAACUACUUCAAAUAAGUGA